AUGUCACCUGCAAAUUCUCAAACAACCUCUGGAAGGUCAUUACCACGAAUUACUUCUGCAACACGAAAAACUGUAACAAAACUUGAUCCAAUUUCAUUAAAAAAUUCUCUUGAUGAAAUUUUAGGUAUCAAUAAGGAAAAAUAUUGGUCAGCAAUACAAUCGUUCGUUAAAGGGGAACUAAAUAAAGUUGAAUUGGAUCUUUAUGCGCAUUCUUUAUUAUCAAAAGAAUAUGUUCAUUUACAUGAUAAAUUUAUUCGUGCGAGCAUAAUAUUAAAGAAUACAUGCAAAGCGAAUCAGAAUAACGUUAGAUAUGCAUCAUCACCUUAUAACGAAAGAUCUCUAGAAAAAUUCAUGUCUACAAUGGGAAAGGAAGAAAGGGAUAAAUUACGCGUUAUUUUAAAAAAUACACGAGAUAAUCAAACAACUUCACAUCCAAAUCCAAGUUUAAUGUUAUUUGAGAAAAAGUUUCCUAAAAAGGCAUUGGAUGACGGAAAUUUCGUUGAUCAUUCACAACCUUUAACCUCUUCUUCUUUAAUGAGUGAGGAGGAGAAAGGAAUUUCAGAAUUCGAAUCUAUUUAUACAAAAAUGACAGAAAUCGCUUUGGAUAAUGGAUUAAUUGGUGGUGUGUCUGAAGAUUGUGCAAAUUUGAUGAUUUUUGCAUUGGAGGCACAUCUGAAAAGUAUUGUUCAUGAUUGUAUAAUUAAGAUUAGAUCAGAUGAUUCUCAUAAUGGAAAAGGUAAUUCGGCAAUCUCUUUAAAUGAUCUCGCAUUUUCAUUAGAAAUUUCUCCUUACAUUUUAGUGGAAAAUAAUUUUAUGUUGGAAAGAAUAAGAUCAAAACUAAAAGAUGGCAAACAAAAAAUUUCAAAUUGA